GCCUUUGGGUGGCGCUCGGCUACUUGUAAACAGAGUGACGCCAGAGUUUUCGCAGCGCAGGGAAGCCGCACGUCAGAGGCAUAAUGGCGGAGGCUGGUUGAGAAGGAGAAUUACUCCGUGAAGCGGCGCUGAAACCAACUUCAUCGCCAGUCGACGAAGUGAUCGGUGGCCAAAAUGGCCUGCAAUCUGAACGAAGACAGAAAAUACGACCGGGACGGCAUCAAGACCAGCGGCUUAUGUCUGGACGGCAGCGAGAGCCAGGAACAAUUGUCAGCCUCUACCACGACUACAUCCAAGCAAAAUGGCGAUCAAGCUGGAUGCGAAGACGAGCAAAUGUCUGAACAAGAUGCUUGUGAGCGGCGGAAGAGCGGGCUGUCAGAUCUGAAGCACUGCAGCACUUCACCGUCGGGGCUGCACAGAUCAGCCGAGGAGUGGUCGCGGAAGACUUUCCAAAUCCCGCGGAAGAUUAAGGAGCGCAAAGGUCUUCUCCAGCAGUUAGUGCCAGAAUCGUGGGAGUUUGAGGAGCUUCUCAAGCUCCUGUCUUCCUCAUACCUGGAUGCUUCAUCUCGAGGAGCUUUCACCUACACUAAAGCUUGUCUCAUUCACAAUGAGCUCCUGGAGAAAGAGUACAUUGAGAAGAAAAGGGAACUCAAGCAAGCUGGGCGGACAGACGCUGAGCUUACUGACUCCUACGCUUUUCUGCUGCCUGAUGCAAAAAAGACUCGCUGGAUCUGUGAAAAGGGCCUUUCAGUGGGACAUGCACGUAUUAACAAUUUGGGAAAUCCCGUUAAAGGUGUUUACCUUUCAAAAUAUUCAGAUUUAUUGCAAAUAAAUCCGUUUGAAGCAGGUGCUUCUGGGGACAUAAUCAUAUUUAAAGUCAUGAAGGGUAGAUUAAAGAGCAUAUUUGAAAAUACGCCCAAGAAUAAUCUGGAACCUGCGCCUAAGUUUGAUUGCCACAUGCACAAAAAUGCCAGCAAAGUCACCUCAUUAUUGUCGUAUAGGGCCUUUGAGCUCACUCAGCAAUACUUUUAUGAGUUUGCGUUUGAGGAGCUAAGGUCACGGCCCAGACACGUGUGUCCCUAUGCUGUGGUGUCCUUUCAGUACAAAGGCAAGGAGUCGGCCACAGCUGCUCACAGAUUAAGCAGUGGUGUGUAUGAAGGACAUAGAGGUAGGCUGCCUCCAUCUGGACUGUCUGUGAUUUGCUGUAUUAAUAGAUGGCGAAGGUAUACAGUGUGGAGUGGCACAUUAGUGAAUAGGGGAGAAGAGCUGUAUCACGUGUGCAUCCGGUCACCCAAUCUCCCCUUUCUGCCCUUCAAACUUCCUGACAAAAUUGACAUAAGUAUGGCAAUGCACCUUGAUCAAGUGAAGAGGAAAAUUCCCUCUACACUGCUUUCAUGGGAUGCAUAUAAUGGAACACAAGAGGCAAUGAAAUGUGGGCUGUACUGCAGCCUGUUUGAUGUCAUGGCUAAGACCAAGCAGGGAAACUGCCUGUCUGGCCUGCUACACAAAAUGGAGAAGGAAAAAAUGGUUCUUGUGAAGCCACUGGCAGAAAGAGGCUUUCUUCUCCUUCUAUCAUCAUCUCACCUGCACAGUUCUAAUGAGAAGCGAGGGAGAAGCGACAGAGGAUUACAAGCACUUUUUGUUUUUCAAGAAUCAAGAAUCACAGGCAGGUUAAUGUCCAAGCAUGCUGGCCUACACGUGGACUCUCUGGUUUCAUUAGAGCCCAAAGACCCAAUCACUGAGCACCUAGAGACCUUUGCUCCUGCCCUGCACCAUGCUUUCUAUAAACUGCGCUCCAAUCCACCCAAAGAUCUGGCAAGCGCAGUGAAAAACCAGGCUCUGGACUAUCUGAGUUUAAGGGAACAUGGCUCAGGACGGCCCUUCUCUGUGCCUGAGUACAGGUCAAGCUUGGAUGAGCGACCUGGGCCAUACCCACCACAGCGGCCCAAGAGCUUGGACUCAGUGCUGAAUACAUAUGUCCACGCACCUGCGAACUUCCAACUGGCCAUAGCAUGCCUACAGCAGGACAUGGAGGACAGUGGUCCUGCCAUGGUUGACGAAUAUAGUCCUGUGUCUGACUGGAGUGGCUCGGGCAGCACCAGGACCGGACUGGCGCAAUCUAAUGGUGGUGGUGCUCAGAAGCCCCAGGGCGAGUAUGACAAAGACAAGAUGGAGAAGCUGCUGAAACUGAUCCAACUGCACAAACGGGCACUGGGCAAGGAGGAUGGAGGCAUGCAGGAGCGCAGCGAGGACUGGGAGCCUGCCGGGCACAAGCGGAGACCUGAGGGUGACAUCUCAACCGGAGUCAGCAAGUACCUGAAGACAGAUGUCUUGAGCAAUGGAGAGCUAGGGAGAGUUCCUCAGGGCGAAACGUCUAUGUCUCUGUCGGCGGUGAUGGACAGCAUGGGUAUGUGUGACACGGACUUGCGUGAGCACGUUAGCCAUACCACACCCAUCCAGGACACGCAGACGCUGCUUAAGUUCUUCAUCACUGCUCUGAAGAAGGUGUCUCAAAGCUCUGCUACUGCUGCUUCUGCCACCACUACACAUCUUAUGCUGCCUACACAACUCCAGGAGAGCCUGGUACCUGAGCGGACAUGCGAGCCAGCUGAACCCACCGCCCACUAUGAUCGCAACCUGCGAGCCAGACACACAGAGGAUGAGCAGGUCUCAGUGGAUUAUCUGGAGGAUCAGAUGGCAUGCAGUAUUGGCAGUAUGGACUUGUGCAGUCCGUCCUCCGGCUUCGAGCAACAGGUGCAGCUCCCUGCUGAAGCUAGUCAUAAUCGAUUACAGUGGAGAACAACCUCUACAGGUAUGUCUACAGUCCCGGUUACUGCGGAUGAGGCAGGGACAUCGGGUACAUCAGUGAAGGACAGAUCAGUACCGUCAGCGGCGCAAACAUUAGACUCCAUCCUGGACCAGGAGUUUCAGUCUCUCUGCACGGGCAUCCAGGAGCUGAUGGAAAGGCAGCAGAUAUUUUACGUUUCCCAGCCUACACUUCCUCGACAUGAGGCUACACCCAGCAGACUGGAAUCCACCUUCUCUCCGUAUGUCUCGAAAUACAUCUCACCUCUGCCGGUACAGGGUUACAUCAGCACGCUGUGCGAAAAGAUGAACCACAUGAUUAGCUCACCUGCUGCUCCUCUGUACCCUGUUGCUCCCAAUGAUGCGGUUCAACCUGCUCUUGCUCCUCCUCCUCCACCUGUUGCUCCUCUUUCUGCUGCACUUACUGCAUCUCCUACUGUUACUCCUGCUGCUGUCCUCCCUGCCAAACAGUCAGCUUCGAAGGCUAAAUCACAGGAGUCCUUACACAAGGCAGCCAGCAAGCCACAAACACCUGUGUCAACCCCGACACCGACUGCUACCCCUACUGCACCUCCUCCUGCCCCCAAGAAACAGCCCUCCCCUGCCAGAAAAUCUCACCCAGGGAAAAAGACAGAUGCAAAGCUUCCAGAUGUUUCAGACAGUCCCAAAUGCAUGCCUAUAGUAAGCACUGCUCUCCCACUGAUACCUGAGGUGCCCCCUGAACCAGCCCAGAUGGGUGCACCAGGAAAUGACAUGAUCGGCCAGAUCAAGCCAGAUGUGCUGUGCACACUGAUGGAGAUCAUGCAAAUGAAUGCAGUUAGGUUUUACAUUCAGCGAGGAGAUGAAGAGGAAAAUGAACUCUGCACUGAGAUUAAGGGUUACUUAGAAAACCUUGGCAACAUUGAGUGCGAUCCUCUGACAUAUCUGGAAAACAACUGUCAGCAGAAGUUUAUGGUCAUCAUUCAGAAUGAAGACAUAGCUUCUCAUGUUCACAAGAUUCCAGCGUUGGUGUCAUUAAAGAAGUUGACGACAGUGUAUUUUGCUGGCGUGGACAAUCUAGAUGAUGUGAAAAAUCGCACUUACAAUGAGCUUUUUAUGUCUGGAGGCUUAAUCGUAUCAGACGAGCUCAUCCUGAACCCAGACUUCAUCACCUUAGAGAGGCUUCAGGCAUUCUUACAGUUCUUGGAGGAGCAGAGCAUGCCAUGGAAGUGGAAGGUUCACUGUAAGACUCAGAAGAAGCUGAAAGAGCUCAGCAGGUCAAACAGUGAAGCUCUGGAUCUGCUAAAUCUUCUGACAGCUUAUCAAAAGAAGCACCUGGUGGAAUUCUUGCCUUACCACGAGUGUGAUGCUCCGUCACGGCAAGCUCCAGAUCUGGACUGUCUGGUGAAGUUACAGGCUCAGCACACACAGCUCCGACACAUCAUCUUCCUCACAGAGAAGUCCCUUGACGCACCCAAGUUCUCUAGUAAUGGGAUCAUCAUAGCUAGCUUGAAUGACCUCAUGACAGACUUUGAGAGCCUGAUAAGCAGGACUCGAGCUGAAGACUCCACCCUGCCCAUUGUCCUGGGUCCAGGUGACAGCCACAAGCCGGAUGCGUGCAUGGACGAGGAGGACAUGUCCCUAGACUCGGAUGAGGAUGCAACUGUGCAAGCGGAAGACAGGGCAGCGGAGAAGCAGACCACUCUACCUCUUCAACCCGUGAGUGAGGACACACUGCCCCCUCUCUCUGACCCACACAGAACAGACCUUCUGUCCUCUUGUCCUGUGGAUUACAACGUUCUCAAGGCGGCCAUCUCACACUAUAAAGCUUCUAAGCAAGCUGGAACAUCCAUGGUUGAGGGGGAGGACAACUUGGUUAGUUUUGGUGUGAACCCUCACCAGAGCUACUUGUACCCCAACUCGGCACAGUGGAGCCCCUAUUCCGGUUCUCCUGGCUAUCAUGUGAGCUCUGCCUAUUCUUCACCUGCAUGCUCAACUUCGCAAGGACAGGAGUACAGCCAAGUGAGCAGCAUGAGUGUAACCCUGGCCAACACUGUCCCCCUGUCCCAACCUGCUAAUCAGGCUAACCCCAACUCUUCUUGUGUGAACCCAUCUGCUAACACUGCUCCCCCGGGCCUGUCCCAAACCUCCUGCAGCAAAGGGGACAUAGAUCCUGAUGGCCUGUCCUGCCCUCAACCCUUGCCUCAGGCUCAGACUCAGUCUCUUGCUGAGGACAGUCAGUCAUUUUUGCCUGGCUCUCAAGAUAAACAGACUAAAGCCAUGGAACCUCCUGUUCUCUGUUCCUCUUCCUCUGUACCUUGCACUUUGCCCAGCUACCCAGAUACUCCCGUAUUCCCUGGUCCCAUACCCACACCCCCUGCACCACCAGUGUAUAACUGGGCAGCCCCAACAGGGGCACAGAAUAGCUAUACACCAGGGGUGAGCACGGCACCUUUUGGGAAGAAUGAAGGUGCAGCUUCAGCUGAAGGAUUAUGUAUUGGGACUGGCGAAGGAUUGACUCUUAAUAAUAAAGUUGAUGGAAGCACGUCUGGCACAGCGCCUUCCUCUGUGCAGUUCCAGGACGGAGGGACUGAGAAGAGCAGCACAUCGGGCAGUGUAAUGCCCAACAAUCAGGGCAGUAGGACAUCAGUAAACUCUUGCACAGAGAGCCACAGAGGUGGCAUGACACAUGCCCGUGGCAUGACUGGAGGGGGAAUGCCUAGCAACCCCAGAGGGCUCCUACCCCGACCUGGAGCCACGAUGCGUCCUGCGUGCCGAGGAGGGCCACACGGCCCAAUCUCUCAAAGCGGGAACCGCAUGUUCGGCCCCCGAGGGCCCAUGCCAGGGCUUAUGGACAUGAGGCGUGGAGGCUUCAGAGGGAGAGGAGUGCCCCCCAUGCCCAUGAGAUCCAGACCGGGCAGAGGGUCAAUGUGGGGAGGAACGCACUGUAACCGGGGCUAUGGUCCCCCAAAGGAUUACUACUCGGACUACACUUACUAAAAUGUUGGGAGCAGUACUUACAGACUACUGCCAUACAGAAUGUAAAUAUUCAACAUGAAGAGCACAUUUAAAUUUAAGGAAAAAAAAGAAAAAAAUUGGUUUUGUACCAUUAGAUCAACAAAUCAGACCAAGAUCGUGUCACUCAAAAAUGCUCUUCUUUAAUGAGUUGUUUGAAACCUUGUUCAGACCACUAUAUUUAUAUCGCCAAGAAAUGUAAUUGCCUUUCAAUGUUUUUUUUGUGUUCUAAUUUUCAAAAUGGUUUGUGAACAAGGGGCAAAACGCAGACAAUAUUUUUUUAAAAAGAAAAAAGUGAAUCACUCUUCAUUUUAGCUGCUUUUGUUUUUUGUUUUUUUUUUUUGUUUUUUUUUUUUUUUUUACAUUCUUGGUUGUACAAAUGUUCUAUUAAACAAGGUUGUAUCAAACAUAUCGUGUUGAGUAUAUUACCCUGAGAUUGUUUUAUUGAUACUUAUGUUUAAUGCGCAUUUCAAAGAAUUGUUCAUUUACAGACAUCUUCUUAAGGCUGUUGAACCUCGAACACUUUUGCUUUCUGGCCAACAGAGGGCAGCUUUUCCUCUCAGUUGGGACAGUGGCAGCAUUGGAAUCAAGUUUCACCCUGCAGAGAUGAUAUUGGUUGUUUUUUUUUUUGUUUGUUUUUUUUUUUUUUUUUGUUUUUUUUUUUGGUUGUAUUUUUUUAAUCUUACACUUUUACAGGUUUGGAAUAUAACAGCUCUGUUUCGUAAUUUUCUCUUAAGCAGGGAGAGUUUGUGUCUUAAUUUUAUCAAUAUAUUGCCUUUUGUAUGCAUUGAACUAAAUCUACGUAUUUACGAAAAUGAGUAAUCAGCACUAGUUUCUUGAAAAAAAGAUGUUUGUGGCUAUGUCUGGAUGAGAGUGACUGCAUGAGAGUGAUUCUGGGCAGCAUUACACAUUUUAAUUGUUGUACCUUAGAUCUCAUCUGGAAAACUCAAAAACACCUACGCACUGGAGACGUCAUUUGAAAAAAGUUACAAUAGCUGUGCCAUUCAGGUCUUCGGGGUCUUCUAAGUAGCAUGUGGCUACUAAAGGCACAAAGCACAACCUGAACUAAUGUCAAAACAUAGCAGUAGAUGUCUUGCUUCUAUAAAGAUGGCACCACUAUAAUCCCACUAUUCACUUAGACUAUAUGGCCAAAAGUAUGUGGACACCUGCCUAUCACACCCAUAUGUGCCCAUUCCAAAACCAUUCAACCACAAGAGCAUUAGUGAGGUCAGGCACUGAUGUUGGGCGAAGAGGCCUGGAGUGCAGUUGGCAUUCCAAUUCAUCCCAGAGGUGUUUAGUGGAGUUGAGGUCAGGGCUCUGUGCAGGCCACCCACUCCAACCUUGGGAAACUGUGUUUUUAUUUUGCUUUGUGCAGGGGCAUUUUCAUACUGGAACGUGUUUUGGCCUCUUAGUUCCAGUGAAAGGAAUUCUUAAUAAUAUAGCAUACAAAGACAUUCUAGACAAUUGUGUGCUUCCAACUUUGUGGCAAAAGUUUAGGGAAGGCCCACAUAUGGGUGUGAUGGUCAGGUGUCCGCAAACUUUUGCCCAUAUAGUGUAAAUCUGUGCUUCUGUUUCUGUUUUAUUGCUCCAACCAUAGAGUCCCCUCCGAAAGUAUCGGACCAGCAAGGCCGAUUCUUUUAUUUUUGCUAUACGCUGAAGACAUUUGCGUUUAAGAUUAAAAGAUGAAUAUGAGACGAUAGCUCAGAAUUUCAACUUUCAUCUGGAUGUGUUAAACAACUUGGAGCAUGCUACGUUUGGUGGCAGACCACCCCAUUUUUAGGUGCGCUCAAUUAUAGGCACUGAUAGUCUUAAAUUAAAUUGAACAACACAAUAUUUGGUUGCAUAUCCCUCUCUUGCAAUAACUGCAUCAAGCUGGUGACCUACUGACAUCAUCAAGCUGCUGCAUUCUUAUUUUGUGAUGCUCUUCAAGGCUUGUACCACAGCUUCUUUCAGUUGUUGUUUGUUUUGGGGGAAACCAGUCUCCUCUUCCGGAGGUGAAAUGCAUGCUCAAUUGGGUUAAGAUCUGGUGAUUGACUUGGCCAGUCUAAAACCUUCCAUUUUUUUUCCCCUGACGGAAGUCCUUAUAUUUACAUUACAUUUUCGGCAUUUGGCAAAUGCCCUUAUCCAAAGCGACUUACAGAAGUACUUUGAAGUCUCUAUCAAUAAAUACACCCUGAUACUGGUUCACUAGGUCAUGGACUAAGAAUACUAUCAGUUUAAACUCUGCUGGGGAGGUAAUAUAGUAAGAAAAGCACACAGACAACACAAUUUUUUUUUAUUUUUCAAAUAAAGUGCUAAUUUAAGUACCUCAGGAAAAGGUAGGUCUUUCAGUCUUAGUUGUCAUUUGAAGACUGCCAGUGACUCAGCUGUUUGGAUAUCUAGGGGAGAUUCAUUCUACCACCUAAGGUGUCAGAACAAGGAAGAGUCAUGAUGCAUGCCUUCCUUGUACUCUCAGAGAUGGUGGGACCAGACGAGCAGUGGUAGAGGAUCAGAGAGAGCGUGGUGCAGUGUGGGGUGUGAUAAGUGCUUUAGGGUAGGUGAGUGCUGGUC